UGUCUCACAUAUUUACACUAACGCGUUUCCGCUCGAGAUGAAGGUCCAAGACGCGCGUUGGAGCUGAAACCUGAUCGCUGCCACUCGCUUCCUUUUGGGUUUCUUUCCUUUUGUCGUGUGCAACAUUUACGCAACAAGUUAGUCACUUUUCGUAAACUAAGUGCAGAGCCCGAGUUGGCUCUCAGUGCGAGGCUCAGCCAUUGUAGAGGUCGGAAAGGGGCUCGGUCUAUUUGUUUGCCCGCCGGCUGCAGGAACACUGGACGAGCCAUGAGGCUGCUGGCCCGGGACACAUCGGACUGCCCUCGACCGGGAAUGGAUUAGCACGAUCUAAAUUCCGGUUUUGUUUUUGUUUUCUUCCGAGGGUUUGUUAAUGCACCUUUUUAUUAUUUGCGUCCCAUGUACGAUGAGUGUUCCUCUGAGCAGCUGAGCGCGUAGCCACUUGUUGCGCAGGUUUUUGUGAAGUUCGUCCCGUAUUCCUGCUGUUUGGCUGUUUUCUGUCAUCACUGCGCAACACAUCAUGAAGAAGACGGCAGCCAAACAACCCUGGACCCGGAUCUUCAUCACCCUGUCGUCCUUCUCCCUGGCCCUGUGCAGCGCAGCGGCCCCGGAGGAAGACGGCUUCAGUGCGGAGGCGUGGCUCCGUAAGUUCGGCUACCUGUCUCAGGCGAGCGGUCAGAUGUCCACCAUGCAGUCGGCUCAGAUUCUGUCCAAAGCCGUCAGCGACAUGCAGCGCUUCUACGGCAUCGCCGUGACGGGGGCGAUGGACCCGGCCACUGUUGUGGCCAUGCGUCGGCCUCGCUGUGGCCUCCCAGACAGAAAGGCGGAGGAGGUGGAUGACGGCGCGAGGAAGAAGCGCUACGCUCUGAGUGGACCGCAGUGGGGCAAAGACCACAUCACCUACAGUAUCAUGAACCAGCAAAUCCCAUCGUCGCUGGGCGAGGAGCUGACGUACGAAGCCAUCCGCAAGGCCUUUGACGCGUGGAGUCGGGUCACGCCGCUCACCUUUGAGGAGUUACCCGCUGAGAACAACAUCAGCAUCAACAGCAGCCGGGCGCAGCUCGCUGACAUCCUGUUGCUGUUUGCCUCUGGUUUCCAUGGUGAUAUGUCUUUGUUUGACGGCGAGGGGGGGUCGCUGGCCCACGCCUACUACCCCGGACCGGGCAUCGGUGGGGACACACACUUUGAUGCUGAUGAGCCCUGGACACUGGAAAACCACGACCCAAAAGGUAUCGACCUCUUCCUGGUUGCGGUCCAUGAACUGGGUCACGCUUUGGGUCUGGAGCACUCGGAUAACACCGGUGCCAUCAUGGCUCCUUUCUACCAGUGGAUCCACACACACAACUUCACCCUGCAUGAGGAUGACAUCAGAGGAAUACAGUACAUCUACGGCCCGCCUCUCCUCGGGGAUGCUCCACCCACUUCUCCUCCGGUCCUUGACGACAAACCCAAAGAUGACUCUCCCACUUCCCCUUCUCCUCCUGAAGACGUGCCCCCCUCUUCUUCCCCCAGCGUCCCUCGACCGACCCACGGCGGCCCCAAUACCCCGGCCCCCCCGAAGCCGACUCCCAGCCCCACCUCCCCUCCUCUCCUCCCCACGUCCGCCCCCACCAACCCGCAGCCUGAACCGGAACCGGUCACCCCGCACGUUAGAAAAGAUGUCCCGCCUCCUCCGCCUCCUCCUCGGACUCCCGCCCCUCCCCGACCUCCCAAGCUGCCGGACAACCACGCCCCCGAUAUCUGUGACGGGGACUUUGACACGGUGACCGUGUUGAGGGGGGAGAUGUUUGUUUUCAAGGGUCGCUGGUUCUGGCGUGUGCGGAGGAACCGGGUCUUGGAUAACUACCCCAUGCCGAUAUCUGUCUUCUGGAUCGGCCUGCCGAGUGACAUCGACGCGGCCUACGAGCGCCACGAUGGAAGAUUUGUCUUCUUUAAAGAUGACAGAUACUGGGUGUUCAGGGAGGCGGAUGUGCUGCCGGGAUACCCGCAGCCCUUACAUGCGUACGGACAAGGAGUUCCUGCGCACAAGAUUGACACAGCGAUCUGGUGGGAGCCCAACGGACACACGUACUUCUUCAGUGGAGACAGAUACUGGCGAUACAAUGAGGAGACCCGCACCACAGACCGUGACUUCCCCAAGCCCAUCGACAGAUGGGGCCGGAUACCUCCAUCACCCAAGGGCGCCUUCCUCAGCGACGACGGCGCUUACACCUACUUCUACAAAGGCAGCAAUUACUGGAGGUUUGACAACCACAAGGCGGAGGCAGAGAAAGGCUACCCUCGCUCCAUCCUGAAGGACUUCAUGGGCUGUGCAGGAGCCUCUGACCCGAAGCCCGACACAGACACUGAGCAGGAGCCAAAAGACAAACCAGUGGACCCCACCGACCGAGGCCAAGACAAAGAGCGCAAAGAGCCAGACGUGGGCCGCGACAAAGACAAAAAGACGGAGGUAGACCAAUCGUCUCCACCCGACGGCACCGAGGAGGACGAGGUGAACGUGGUCGUGACGGAGGCCGACAAUGAAUCAAAGGUCAUGACCCUGAUCAUGGUGAUUGUUCCUCUGGUCCUCAUCCUGUGCAUUCUCGUCCUCGUCUACACCAUCCUCAAGACCCUACAGAACAAAGAGACCCCGAGGGCCUUGGUGCACUGCAAGCGCUCGUUGCAGGACUGGGUGUGAGGCUCAGAAUGAGACGAGAUAGAGCGGGUGUUCAUCAUUUGGUAAAGUCGUCACAGGCGUCAACAUUUGUACUUAUGGCUCCGACGCAGUACUUAAGUCUAAAAAAAGUAGAGGAUGAGUCACCGUUUUGGGCUCCAUCCGUCGCUCAUGUGAAAUAAUGCAAACAUGGUAAAGCCGGUGCCUGCGGAGCUGCAGUGUGCGUCCCCUUCCACUGGCUCUUGACAUGCCUCCGAAUGUCUGAAAGGGUACUUUUAUUUCGUCAAAGAAAAUCACGUUUGUUCCGUCACAGCUUCUACAGCAGACACGCAACACACGAGGACGGUUUCUAUUCAUUCCACCUGUACACAGGAGGGACCAGUGAUUUAUUUGUAAUAUAAAUGCAGACCAAAUCAAGAAUGCACAUACAUGACACCGAGGCACACACACUGUACAUAGACACAAACAAGAUUGCUUAUGGCUACAAUAUUAACUACAGAAACUCGUGCAUUAAUAUGACAAGUCUUCCAUACGGUUGACUACGGGGCCUCAAGCAAACUUCUCUUAGGUAAGGACAGAUAAUUUGCACUUUUGAUUCUUUUUUUUUGUCACCUUUGUUUUUGCUGAGGUUGCUUCACUGCAAAUAUGUGUGUGUGUGUGUGUGUGUGCUUAUUAAACACACUAACACUGGCAGAAGAAGCACAUCCUCCGUCCAGCGCAGGAAUGUCAGACAGCUGUGUGCGUCCGUGACCACGGAGCUCCCACCGAGCUCAUUAUGUGCCCUCUCUCUCACGCUCACGCACCGACAUCACAUGAUCUCGAAAGAAACUUUUAACUGCACUCAUGUGUGCAUGCGUGUCCACAUAUGCAGACACACACACGCACACACACCAAGACUUGGAGACCACUUACCCAAACAAAGGCACACAGACACGAGGGCUCCGGCCUCCCCUCCUCCCACCAGAGAGCAGUUCUGACUGCACCGCUAACACACAAUGCCAGAGGAGACGCAUUGAUAUACGCCUGUUGGAUUAAACACACACUGAACAAGAAGAUUUUAUAAGUGCUGUGGUAUUUUACAAAUGAUAUCCAGCUCGGCUCGACCCGUCAAGUUUUUCCUGCUGAAGCUAAAUGGAGUCGAAGCAAAUGAAGUGAACAAGGGAGAAGCCUGCAGGCGAAAGAGGAUUGGGUGAGGGUCUGGUUUCCAUUAAGCCCACAUGCUGCUGAUUUAUUAGUGUCAGGCAUGAGGAGAGCAGAGAAGAGAGAGGGGAGUGGGGGGGGGGGGGGGUGAGAAGGAGGUAUAACAUUUAAUGGUGGGGAGAAAGGGGAAAUGAGAGAAUGAGAUGACGAAGGAAAGAAAGAAACGGGGAGAGGCACAUAAUGAGGAGGGGAGAGGGAGGGCUCUGCCAAAGUGUCCUUGCCAGUUUUCUCUGGAAAAGGAGGAGCAAGGGAAAAAGGGAGGAAGGAUCUCUGGGAGGAACAGCGCUGGCGUUGUGCCUCCUGACCUAGAUUGGGACACAUAGUCCACGCCUCCUUUUCAAGUCUUUUUGCUCAAUUGUCAUGAGCUGGAGAUGACUUCCUUUGCGACCCCCUCCUCCUUCCCGUAUUCAUCCUUCUCUCCAAUUAUUCUUUUGUUUUUUACCAUUUUAAAUCCAUCUCUCUCUCUUUUUGCCUCAAUGCUGUACCUUAACGCACCAGAUGUGUUCAUGUUCUUCUCCACUCUCCUGGAAAGUUAGCUCAAGCAUUUAAAAGCUUCUUAAUGCACAGAAACAUCUGCAGAAAGUGUUCAUUGAGUCUCCCCUCAUCUGUCUGUCUCUGCCUUGCUUGUGUCGGUGUAAAGCCGCUAUUGACCUGCUCAUCAUUAAUCUUUUACUUGUGUCUUUACAUUGUGCCUAUAUUUCCUUUUUGCCCGUAAUGUGCCUUUUUCUGUGAAUAAUGGGGUGGCUUCUUUUGUUACUACAAAUAGCACAAUGAAUUUUUUUCAUGUGUUAUUUCUUUUUUGUAUUCUUAUUACUUGUAGUUUUGUAAAAAGUGUUUUGGAUCAGGUUUUCUGUAAGAACAGUAUGAGAUAAUCACAACGUUGAUGCAUGCAGGGCAUGUUCUGUAAGCCUGUGUAGAGUAUGUUACGGUUUUCACAAUAAAACUUACAGCUAAAAGCCA